GACUUGUACGCUGACACCAGAAAACUUCCUGGAGGAGUAGUAUUCAGCUUCAUCAUGACUGGACACCUUCUGUUUAUUGUCCUCAUCUAUUCUUUUCAUCAGAUCGAAGCUCUGCCUCCUCCUAAACUGACAGUGACUAGAUCAGUGAUCACAGAGAUAGACUCAGUCACACUGACCUGUGAGCCUCCAUCGUCUGUUCCUGUGUCGCAGUGUCAUUUCUACACUUUAAUUGCAUCUAAAGGAAAUCUUAAAGACUUCCCCUGUGUGAAGACACUGACAGGAAUUGAGCUUCUGGACAUAGUAAACACACUUGCUGUGGUUAAAGUCAACUGUUUUUAUGAAGUCCAAACUGAAAGGUCUGAAUACAGUGACAUCUCCACCAUCACCAUACAGUCUUCUCCUCCACCCAAACUCACCGUCGAUCCACCAGUGAUCACAGAGACAGACUCAGUCACACUGAGGUGUGAGCCUCCAUCGUCUGUUUCUGUGUCUCAGUGUCAUUUCUACACUGUGAGUGGAGGGACAGCCAGAGUCUUCCCAUGUCUGAAGACACUGACAGGAAGUGAACUGCUGCAGAUGGCAAGUCUCACAUCACCUGCUGAAGUCAAAGUAAGAUGUUGUUACACUGUAAAGCAUCAAUCUCCAUACAGUGUUAUAUCCUACAUCACCGUACAAAGACCAAACGGAGACAAAGAUAGAAUCACUGAUUUAACAACAUCCACCCCCAGUAAAAAGUCACCUGCAGGCAGAGAUGAAGCAGAUUCGACUGCUGCUAUGCCACAUAACACUGUGAGCUCCACUACCUCAGCUUCCCAGACAACAGUGAACCCAGCAUCAGAUACAAGCAGAAGGGUCAUGGUUGUGAUCAUGACUGCUUGUGGAGUAGCUGUUGGUGUUGUGUUACUGGGGAUUGGACUUGUGUGGAAUCAACAGAGAGAAGAGAAAUGUGCUUCCAAGGGAGCAAAAGUUAGCAUCACAGAUGACUGGAAAUCUUUGGUCGAUUAUGAUGAAACCUACAGUAUUGUCAACUAUGAGUGCAAAAAUGAGUGACAGCAGCGGUACCUCAGACCCUCGGGCCAUUGGACCAGCUCCAGAUUUAUUGUACAACUCUGCAAAUCAUUAUUUUUCUUGCAUGCUUGUUUAUAUUAAAGUUGGUGUUUGCAUUAGUAUCCCAUAGCGAAGUUCUCAGAACAGUGUAACAGCUUUAUUUAACUGCAGUCUCAGUCAAUGGCUCCUUUACAUAGACAAUAAUUUUACAACACAGUUUAAAUAAUUCUGAUCAGAAAUUUCAACUCAAGUAUCUACAUGGAUGCUAAAUAAAUAAUUUGAUGAAAUAUAAUGUACAUUUUUUAAUUUACCUGGAAACAAUCAGAGAAUAUGUGACAUGUCCUAACUGGUCCUGGUUGCUAUGUCCAAUGUCUAAUCUGCCAUAGACAUGUAUUUUUUGGUUAAUGAUCAAACAUCUGACACCAUCAGACUCAGCUGAUAAGAUAAUAAACAUGCUAAACAUAA